AUGUCCAAUUUAACCAUGAAAUGGGAUAGCAGCCGGAAACUUCUGCUGGAGGCUGUUCGUAGUUGUGAGGGCCUGCCUUUACCUAACGUCUGCCCACAUUGUUGUGAGGGGAAAGUCCUCAUAAGACUGACUGCCCCAAGAGAUUUUACUGCCCUUCCUGUGAUGGAAAGGUACAUUCAUCCUUGCGUUUCCAUUGCAGAGAAGGGUUUUGUAAAUGGUUUCUUUGAGGCUAUCCCUCUAACAAUUACCAUUGGUGAAAAUGGAUUAAAGAAAGAUGUAGGUAAGCUGUUAAAAAUCAGCUUUUGACUAAAGAAGCUAGUGAACAGUACACAGCCACUCAGGUGUAAAUCGCCCCUCCAAAUAUAAGCCCCCGGGGGGGCUUUUAUUUGGAAAAUUGCCCUCAAAUACAAAGUAAAACAAAGCAAAAACUGUCAAUUUACUUCCAACUAUAACUCUAGCCCAAUUGAUUUUGAAACGCAAACUUCCCUCCAUAGAUAAGCUCCUCCGAAUAUAAGCCCCUCCAAAAAUAAGCCCCUCAAAAAGGGCCUUUGAAAAAUAUUAGCCUCGGGCCUUAUUUUCGGAAUUGUACGGUAUCAUAGGUGAAAAGGCCUCAUUUCUGGCCUGCUUUAUAGUGGAUGGUAAUCCACUCACUGUAGAUGUAUUUUAAGAAUUUUUUUUUUUUAAUUCCCAUUGCAGAGGAUAUAUGUUUUUGCCAAUGCUGUACUAAGGCCCUAAACAAAUAGCGGUUUUACUUACUUCAAUUUUUGCAAUGCAUGCAUCAUUUUGACAGGCACCUACUAUCAGUCAUGCCACCUUUAGCCGAUCUUUCAAAGAGUGGAAGUUUUGCCAGUUUGAAUUAGAGGGUCUCCAAGGGCUGGACUGGGUGAAGUGUCCAACAUGUUCCAUUUUUCAGCACUCUUGUCAUGUGGAUGGUAACAUGAAACUGUACAGAUACAAGUCAUCAGGAAGGUAGCGUUAAGUUCGUAUUGCUAUUACAAAAAAUUAACAUUCUAUGGUGACCGUAUGUGUGUGAUUAUUUUUCAUAAUACUUUCUAGUGCACUCCCAGUACAUGUAAGCAUUCAACUUCAGUAAAGCGAAUGUUUUCCUAUGACUGAGGGCUACUUCUUUAAAUUGGCAAGCUAUAUUUAGUCUACAAAUAAUUCAUACUUGGCACUGAUACUGGUCUUGUAGUUUGAUAUAAACUUUUAAGUCAUAAGUAUGAUGAGCUAAAAUAUUGUUGCAUGUUUUUGUUUUUUUUUUUUAAAUAGCUUUGUAUGGGCAGCCUUUAAGGGUUAGAGAACAGAAUAGCAAAAAAAGGCAUUUCUUAUGAAUAAUGGCCAUCUUUAAAGUGGGAGAUAAUAACAACAAAAAGAAAUAGAGGGAAUCUUUAAAAAGAACUUUCAAAAUCUUUUCAUAUGGAAUGUCACUUAAAUGUGAAUUGGCCUUAAUUAUUUGUUUUCUUAUAUUCUUUUAGUCAGCGAAGGCCAUCUUAUUAUGCAAAUAUUUUUAUUGCCAACAAGUGCAAAGUAGACAACCACUUGAAGGCAGUAUAUUCAAAGACAUCCAGAUCUAAGCUUAUUAUAAUACAUUUUUUUCUUCACUGUUAAUUUUUUCCAGGAAGUACGGUUGAAUUAUCUUCCAAUUGCUUUUAUUUAAUAUGUUAUAGCAUAAUGCAUUUAUGAAAACUAACAAUCAAAGCUGUGCCUAAAAUAAGGCCAAAAUUUAUUGAUAAAAUGUUUGAUUUCUACUAAGUGAAUCAAAGUGAUACCUUCAUGUUACAUCACAUGUUAUUCAAGGACUAAUAUUCCAUAAUUCAUCUGCUUCAGUACUUUGGGCACAGCUUUAUGAUAAGAUAUAUUUAUAUCUGAUUCAAAUCUCCUAAUCUUCUUUCAUUUUGUUCUUACAGGAGAGUGAUAAUAGAUGUGGAGACACUCACUGGCGGCUGCAAACAAUGGAGGCAGAAAGUCAGCUAAACUAGAUGAGACCAGACGUGAGAUUGCAGGUCAAAUGGAAUAUAUGCAAUAUUGAUUAUGAUCAGGGCUAUCACUAAUAUUUUAAGUUGUCAGGUAAAUGGAAAGAGUGGGCAGGAAAUCUUUCAGCUAUUGAUGAUCUCUUUCGGUUCUACAGUGGCUAUUUUCUUUAUUUUUCUUUUAAAGUAAGUGGGGGUCAUGAUUAUAGUAACUGUGUAUAAUCCCUGACCCCUGGCACUGAAUGACAGCCCUGAUGCUAAUGAAAUAAUUCUUUCACAUGUAAUAUUGUAAUAUUAUUAUUAUUGAUUUUAUUAUCAUUAUCAAUGUUAUUAUGUUGCCAUUUGUUAUUAGUACAAGAAAAGUUGUUAUUACAAGGGAAGUUGUGCUAAGUAUAAACUGCAACUUCAAUUAACAGGUUGUAGGCAUGGCCUGGCCCAGUGGACUGUUAACAUGUUCCAAGGAGAACUAUAUGGCUUAAUGCAAACUAUAUUCACCCAAAGAAAAUGAUACCAGCUGGGGUCAAGUACUUUUGGGAGGAUAUAGUUUGCAAGUACUGGAAGUGGGCAAGAAAGGCAGUUGGUCUUGAAGGAAGGGGUAUGAAACCUGCCUUGUCCAUAAUGCAUAAUAUAAUGCAUAAUAUAUAGUUAUCAAGGUUUUGCUCUAAGAAAAAACUGAAGGGGUUCAUCCUCUGAACCUGUGAAAUCUAGGAUAAGAAGUAAGAUUUUCUAGUCACCUAGGAACAGAAGGGGCCACCAGGCACUGCCGGAGUACAGCCUUGACGAUGCUGCACUGUAGUUUAUGAGAAAGAAAUGCAAUCUCAAACCUGACUGCAAAAUGUCUACAGAAUAUGUCACAUUUUUUAGAACUUAAUAUUUUAGUUAAUAUGACCCUAAACAACUGAAUAUAAUUUUAUUAUCAGGUAAUAUGGGGUGGUCGUUGGCAAGAUGGGAGUGCUGCCUCCACUGGUGAAGAAGUGGAGCAGAUAAACUGUCAUAUGUGA